CUGGGUUCGCUGAAGGGUAAGGUGCUGCUGGUGGCCAAUGUGGCGUCGCUCUGAGGCACGACCACGCGCGACUUCCUGCAGCUCAAUGAGCUGCAGCAGCGCUACGGCCCCCGCGGGCUCCAGGUCCUCGGCUUCCCCUGCAACCAGUUCGGUCACCAGGAAAACUGCACCAACGAGGAGAUCCUUCCAAUGCUCGAGCACGUUCGUCCUGGCAACGGGUACAAACCAAAUUUCAUCCUGUUCGAGAAGUGCGAGGUGAACGGGAAAAACGCGCACCCCCUCUUCACCUUCCUGAAAGAGGCGCUGCCCUUCCCGCACGACGACCCCUCCUCGCUGAUGACCAACCCGCAGUACAUCAUCUGGUCCCCGGUCUGCCGCAACGACAUCGCCUGGAACUUCGAGAAGUUUCUCAUUGGCCCCGAUGGCGUGCCCUUCAAACGCUACAGCCGGAGUUUCGAGACCAUCAAGAUCCAGGAUGACAUUGAGUUACUUCUGCAGAAGGUUGCCUAGAAAGUUCCCUGCCCUUUCCCCUUGCAGCGUACCUCCCUUGCAGGGAGCUACUGCUCUGGCAGAAAUCCCAAUGUCUUGUGCAGGUUUUGCUUAUGAUGGUGCAUCUUCCAAAUCCUUGAAGUGUGCUUGAUGUUUUCAAAAGUUGCACAGGAAUGUUUGGGAAAGUAUGCCAGGGCAAGCAGCUGUCUCAGUGAUUCUCUGAAUAAAAAAUGUGUACUUUCUUUAA